UGGUGAAGAGGUGUUGGUGGUUAGGAAGGAAGUUUAAGUGGAAAUCACAGGCAAUCAGCAAAUACUGAAACUUGGAGUUGGAGGAAGGUAACAAAUGGUGGCAGGAGAGCAAGCUCCUAAGCCAUACUCUGAAGUCUGAGAAAGGAAGGGUGGGGUCUCAGAGGCAGGUUUGGGAAGAAUGUUUCCAGCCCAUGGUGUGCGCCUUGGGAGGCAGGGAGGGCGUGUGGGUGAAUAUGUCAUGGUUUAAGGAGCACGGGAUGGGGCAACUGGAGAGGGAGGAGUCAAAUGUCCUUGGAGAUCUGGCCAAGGAGCAGUGUUCCAAAAAGUUGGUUUUCAAUUGUGUUGUCUAUUCCAAGACUCUUAAAUUCCUCAACUCCACUGUAAGAGGGAAUGAAACUCUAGGCCUGGAGGAGGUCCGGCAAAGGCUUCAUGAUGGAGUGAUCAGAGACAUUGAGAGACAAAAUCGGAAAAAAGAAAACAUUCGUCUUUUGGGAGAACAGAUUAUUUUGACUGAGCAACUUGAAGCAGAAAGAGAGAAGAUGUUGUUGGCAAAAGGAUCUCAAAAAACAUGACCCCAAAUGGUUGUCAAGUAUUGA